AUGUUUAUAGCAAUUUACUUUCCAUCACAAUAUAAAUUUAUAUGUAUUUUUUUAAUUCUAAUAUCCUUCUUUCUUUUAUUUCCUUAUUUCUUACAUUUUGGCACAUUUCUUUCUUCCUUCGACUUUCAUUUCCUUCCUUCCUUCCUUCCUUCCUUCCUUCCUUCCUUAUUUCCUUCCUUUCUUUCUUUGUUUCAUCUUUCUUUCGUCUUUCUUUCUUUCAUCUUUAAUUAUUUCUUUCAUCUUUCUAUCUUUCAAUUAUUUCUAAUUUCUUUCGCAUUCCUUUUAAUUUCAUUUCUAAAUAACAUUCUUUCUUUUUUCCUUUGCGUUUCAUUCAUUUUUUCUUUUCCCUUCUUUCUCCUUUUUUUGUUUCUUUCUUGCUUAUUUUUAUUCUUUUUUUUUCCUUUUCAUAUUAUGUCCUUUUCCUUAGUGUAUAUUUUAUUUAAAUGCUUUUUAUUGUUUUCUUUCUACUUUCUACGCUAUUUCCUUCGGUUAUAUUAUGUUUGUCUUUUCUCAAUUUUAAAUUGUUCUUUCUUCUUUUCUUUCUUUAUUUCUUUCUUUCUUUCUUUCUUUCUUUCUUCUUUCUUUCCAGCUUUUAUGUUUUCUUUUCUUUUUUUUUUUCUUCUUUCAUUUAUCGGAUGUUCAUUUUUUCACAUGAUUAAAAUACCUUAUUUCCUUUUGCUUAUUUCUGACUUCGUUUUUUUUUUCUUAUCCAUUUUUCUUGUUUUCUUCUUUCUUAAUCUGUUCCUUUCACCGUUCUCUUAUUUAUUUAUUUUUCUUUCUUACUCGCUUUCUUCAUUUUCAUCAUUUUUAUUUCUUUUCAGCAUUUUCCUCAUUGCCUUUCUUUUUUAUUGUUUCUUUUUUUUUACUUGUUUCUUUUUUCCAUCGUUUUCUUCAUUUUUCAUUCUCUUUUCUUGUCCUUAUUUUCUUUAUUUUCCUUCUUUUUCCUUGUCCUUUCCCUCUUCUUCUUUUUCCUUUAUUCAUUUCACCAUUUUCCUCUUUGAUUAUUAUUCUUUCUCCUGCUUAUUAACUUCAUUUUUUUUUAUUCCUUCUUCCUUCUCCUUUAGUCCGUUUUCAUUCUUUUUCGUUCUUUCCUCGAGACUUUUUCUUAAUGUCGUCAUUUCAUUUUAUUCUUGUCUAUCAUUCUGUCACAUUUCUUUUCUUUGUUCUAUUUUUAUUUUCUAUCAUAUUAAAGGAGACUUUUUCUUAAUGUCGUCAUUUCAUUUUAUUCUUGUCUAUCAUUUUGUCACAAUUCUUUUUCUUUUUUCUAUUCUUAUUUUCUAUCAUAUUAAAGGAGACUUUUUCUUGAUGUCGUCAUUUCAUUUUAUUCUUGUCUAUCAUUCUGUCAUAUUUAUUUUCUUUUUUCUAUUUAACCCUUUCUCUUUAUUGUUUUCUUUUUUCUAUCCGUUUAAUCACUUUUUCUUUCUUUUAUUUUUUUUAGUUUCCCUUUUUUCACCUUCCUGUUUCUUUUCUUUUUUUUCCUUUUUUCUUUAUUUUUUUUCUUUUUCAUAUAUUUAUUUAUUUAGCUCCCCCUUUCUCUCUCUCUCUCUCUUGUCCCUUUUGUUUGUUUGUUUAUUUAUAUCUUUAACUCCGUUUUCGUCUCCUUUCUCUUCCUUUUUUUUUUCUUUCAUUCUUCCUUUAUUUAAUUCGCUCCUCUUUACUCUCUUUCCUUUUUCUUUUCAGUCUUCCACCAUUUUAUCUCCUCCGGGUUCCUUUUCUUUCGUUCUCUCUUUUGUUCUAUUUUCUCUUCUUGUUCUACUUUUUCUUUAUUUCUUUCUAUUCACUCACUUUUUGUUUCUUCGAUCCUUUAUAGUUUUUUCCUUAUUUAAUUUUUUUUUAUUUAUUUUGACUUUCUUUCUUGUUUUUUUUUUUCUCGUUCUUUCUUUUACUCUUCUGCUAUUUUCUGUAUUCAUUCCUCAUUCUUCAUUGUUCUUCAAGAAAAGAAUAAAAAUGAUGUUUGUUUUUCUUUCAUACUUCAUUCAUCCUUUGCACACGUAUUUUUCUUUUGUAAAUUUUCAUUGA